GGCCGAGCGCGGGCCGCCGUCCGGGCGGCGGCGCGCCGAUUGGCGCCGCAGCGGGGUGGCGCGCGGCGGCCGUUGACGGUGGUUGGCGGCGGCGGCGCGCUGAUUGGCGGGGCGGCGCGCGGCGGCUGUUGGGACGCUUGACAGCGGCAUGGCGGGCUGCCGGCGGCUGAGCGGCGCGGGCCUGCGCGAGGUGCUGGGCCCGGCGCAAGGGCUGCUCUUCGACUGCGACGGUGUGCUGUGGGCGGGCGAGCGGGCCGUGCCGGGGGCCCCCGAGCUGCUGGAGCGGCUGCGGCGCAGCGGCAAGGCCACGCUCUUCGUCAGCAACAACAGCCGCCGCUCCGUGGCCGAGCUGGAGCGGCGCUUCAGCCGCCUCGGCUUCCGCGGCGUCCGCGCUGAGCAGGUCUUCAGCUCCGCACUCUGCUCCGCGCUCUUCCUCCGCCAGCGCCUCCUCGGCAGCGGCGGCGGCGACGGCGACGGCGGGCCCGGCCGUGUCUUCGUGCUGGGCGGCGAGGGGCUGCGCGGCGAGGUGCGCGACGCCGGGCUGCGCCUGGCGGGCGAGGGCGAGCUGGGCUCCGGCGGCACCGAGCCAGUGCGCGCUGUCCUGGUGGGCUACGACGACCAGUUCACCUUUGCCAAGCUGGCGCAGGCCUGCGGUUAUCUGCGCGACCCGCAGUGCCUCCUGGUGGCCACCGACCCCGACCCCUGGCACCCUCUCAGCGACGGCCAGCGCACCCCCGGGACAGGCAGCCUCACAGCAGCAGUGGAAACUGCCUCUGGCCGCAAGGCACUGGUGGUGGGGAAGCCGAACACGUACAUGUUUGAUUGCAUCGUGGAGCGUUUUGGCGUAGACCCCUCCCGCACCCUCAUGGUUGGAGACCGUCUGGAGACAGAUAUCCUCUUCGGCAAGAACUGCGGCCUCUCCACCAUCCUUACCCUGACAGGUGUCUCCCGCCUGGAAGAGGCACAGGCCUAUAUGGCCAGUGACAGCGCUGCUGCCAAGGAUCUCGUGCCCAAUUACUAUGUGGACAGCAUUGCAGACUUGAUACCAGGCCUGGAUGAGUAGCAUUCAGUACAUGUGAGGGGAAAGUGAUUGGGUUCCUCAUCCCAGAUCUCCGUCUGUUCCUGUUUCUCUUUCUCUCUUCCUGCCCUAUUUCCUCAAUUCCUGUUUUUUUCACAUUCCAGUACCCCUUUUUAGGGGCAAAGGGUGUGGGGGAAGGAGGGGACAGUGUUCAAGUUGUCUCCUUUCUGCAGAAAGCUAUCCAUGAUAGACAGAAUCCUUCUUUCCCUCUUAUGCCAGCUGCCAGCAUCUCUGAAAGAGAGCUGGAGGCCUUGAGGCUGGUGGGAGCCAAAUCAGAGUCCGUUUGUGGCUUCUCCCCCUGCAGCGGUUAGGGACCGGCUGUCUUGAUUUAUUUUUCUCUUAGAUAACCAGUGGCGGCCUUUUACUGCUGUCCCUUCCCUCAUGUAGCUCUUGACUUCUGACCUGCAGCCCCUGCACUUCUUGCAGUAACCCCCUCCUUGCCAGGGUAUCAGCUGUCUUGUCGCCCACUCUGUCUCCAUCAGUGCCAGGGCCUGCGGAAGGAGCAUGUCAGGGUUCUGAAGCGAUGAAUGAGACCCUCCCACAGCCACAAGUGAAAGGGAGCAUCAUCUCUUCUCUCCCCUGUUCCUCAAAGAUCUUUUUCCCCUCCACCCCUCUCCCUGCUCUGAUUCAGUUAAUAACUAUGUCAGUGUCUGUUUGGAGGACUGUAGAAAGAGAAGACUGUCCUUUUCUGUGCCAAACCAUUCAGGCAAGCUGUGACUGUGCACAGUGGUUCCGUGAUUGGUUUUUUUGUUUUUUUUUUUUGUUGUUGUUUGUUUGUUUUUUAACCCCAGCAUCCUCUCCCAAGGGGCUUGUGGAAGGGGAGAGGGCUUCUAGACCAAGAAAGCACAGCAGUGGUGAACUAUGUGGCUUUCCCCUUUCCCCCUCAGUGGAUUUUGCCAUAGCAUGGUGAAAGAAGAGGGCCGAUGGGGGUCUGUGCUCCAACUGCUGGUGUGCAGGUGAGGUGUUGUUGGUAUUGUCACUGCUGUGAAUGCAUCACAGCUCUCAAAGUCAUUCCUUGCUGCUUUGUCUUUCUACUUUUUUAAUUUAUUGAUCUUAUUUAUUGAACUUAUUUAUUGUUCAAAUAUUGUAUUAUUUGUAUAGAUUAUGCUGAAUGGUUGUGCCAAGGGGACAGGGGGCAGUGCCUUUGGGCCUCACUUUACUGUCCCUGUCCCAUGUUGAUGUUCUUACACUCACCAUGUCUCUGUAUAUAAUAAAGUGUGAGUGUAAGCUGGAAAUGGCCUCCUUUUUUGCCUGUGGUCCAUGCUGGGCUGGACCCAUCAAGCUGGGAAUGACCUGGGCAUCUCUGAGCCAUUUGAGACUCCAUCCGAGCAGGACAUGGAAAGACUUUUCCUUUCUCAGAAGGGUCCUGCUAGGUAGGCAGAAGAGGGAUGGACAAUAUCUUGUGGACAGUGUUUUCCCUUCUUAGGCUAUUGUUUCCUUCUGCCUUUUACUGAGGGCUGGUCUCAAAAUACACAGCUUGAAACUAGGGUGCAAGUGGCCCAUGGGGCUAUUGCAUAGGGCAGACAGCUGAAUGGUGUCUGGCCAGGUGAAUGAGGGCAGUGAGCGAUGUGAACUUUGCCCAGUUCCUUUUUGCUUCCCAGCAAGGCUGACUCUUCGCCAGGAAAUGGAGAUUUCUUGUGCUAAGCAUGUGAAGUCUGCCAGCUGUUAGUCAGGUGGCCCUCUUCCAUCCAUAUGGCCAUACGCAGUGGUGCCCAGCUCUUGCGCAUGUGGGACAGGGGUAGCGGCGAGGUGUAAUAUCCGUUGCCUUGAUCUGGCUGAGGGAGGGCAAAGAACUGCUCCAGUAAGGCUGCUGUAACACUUCUCAGCAACACUAAGCUUUGAGUUAGGGGAAAAUACUGGACUGGCAGUCACUGCUUGCCUUGCUCUGUGUCCUCUUGCUUGUUAGUUUGGCUGUGAUCCUAGGCAGGAGGGAUAAAAUACAGUCUGGGUAAGAAAAGUGGUUGAAAUCCUUUGAAUGUACUUUGUCCCCUGCCUCAUGAGGGAUCAAAUCCUACCCUUACUCUGUCAAACCUUUUUAAUGGCUGUCUACUGAUAACCAAGCAUCUAAUUUUCCACUUUGAUAGAUAAGUUGUUUAGAUGGACAGCUGACCUACAUAUAACUUGUUACUAUAUUAGGUCAUGUGGUAGAACUAGAUGCAACUUAAUGGCCUUAGGAUAAUUCCGUUUGUUGAAUGUGUCUUUUUUCAAGUUAACUUAGGAGAUGGGCCUCCAAAUAAAAGAAUAUCCAGGCUUCAAACAC